CAAGCUCACCAACAUCAAUUAAAGUUGUCAUUUCUUUCCUGGCCCUCACAAAGAAGCUCAUCGCAGCCAUUCCUUUCUCGUUUCUUAAGCCAUAAAAGAACCUCUCCUCCAUCAAUGACCUCCUUAUCCUGAUGCACGCCUAUAAAGCACGUCCAACCCCUCUCCCUCUCUUCCUCUCCAUCCAUAUACAGCUCAAAGUCUUCCAAGCUGUGUCCGCACAAAGCCAAGAAGAAUGAUCAAGCUGAGAUCAAGGAAGCUCUUCAAGAGGAGCUCCAAGCUCGGCAGCAGCACCGGUGGCUGCAGCGGGAACGGGGAUGUCCAGUGGGAGCUGCGGCCUGGUGGCAUGCUGGUUCAGAAGAGAGGAUGCGGAGAGGAAGCUGAUGAAGCGGUGACCGUGAGAAUCUCCACUGGAUGGAAUUGGCAUGACGUAUCUAUCGGAGCCACUGCCUCAUUCGGGGAGUUGAAGACGGUGGUGGCGAUGGUGACAGGAAUGGAGCCAAGGGAGCAGAGGCUUCUGUUCAGGGGCAAGGAGAGAGAGGAUGGCGAUCAUCUUCACAUGGUGGGUGUUAGGGACAAGGACAAGGUGCUACUUUUGGAGGAUCCUGCAAUCAAAGAAAGGAAGCUGAGGGACAUGGCAGGAAGUCAUGUGGUGAGCAGCAGGCCAUGCCACACCAUUAUCGAGGUGUAGAGCUUUUGCCCCUUUUGUCUCUGUCAGAACCACUAACAACAUGAGAAUUAAGGUCUUCGAGGCCAAACUCAUCCUUCACCGAGUACUAGUGUGAUGAGUGAGUCAGCUGUAAAGUUGAUGUAGAGAAGCAUCCUCAACCAUCAGAGUUACAUUCCCAAGUAAUUUUGAUGUUAUGAAACGGAAACUCGUUUACCUUAACUUGAGUUGGUGGGACAUCACCUCAUAUUCUUGUACUGAGGAACCUGGUAAAAAUAAAAAGAAACUGAGGUUUCAUCUAAA